AUGGUGAGGACGUACACGGUGUCGUUAAGGCUCACUAAUUUUGAACAACUCAGUGAGUCCAAAUAUCCAAGGCAGACUCACGCUUGCUCUGGUUCUAUAUAUUGCCCCGCCACUCCCAUGACCCUGCAAUUAAGCAAUAAGCAAAGAAUGCCAAUGUACUGGCUUCCUGUAUAUGCCAUUCUUUUGUUUCUUUCUUGGCCUGUGCUUCUGUUCGCGUCUGACCACCGCCUUGUCCCUGGCAAGCCGCUCUCCCCUGGUAGUGUUCUUAUAUCCCAAGAUGGAGUGUUCGCGCUAGGCAUCUUCUCUACAUCAUCAAACCAUUCCUAUAUGGGAAUAUGGUACAACAGCAUCCCAGAGUUCACCGUGGUAUGGGUCUCCAACCGUGCUGCACCAAUCACGGAUCUUUCCUCUGCAAAUCUUGCCAUGACCAGCGGCUCCAACCUAGUCCUGUCUGAUAGCAAUGGCCAUGUUCUUUGGACAACGAACAACAGCAUCAGCGUCCUCAAUUCCUCCAUCUCAGCAGAAGCCAUGCUGGAUAACAGCGGAAACUUCAUCCUUCGGUCAUCGGCUACUGGUAGCUCUGCCGUGCUAUGGCAGAGCUUCGACCACCCCACCAACACUCUCCUCCCCGGCAUGAAUCUUAGGCUCAGCCACAAGAUGCACCCACUGCAGCACCUCGUUUCUUGGAAAGGCCAGCAGGAUCCAUCCCCCGGCGAGUACUCCUACGGUGCAGACCCCGACAACCUCCUGCAGCGCUUCAUCUGGCACGGUUCAGCGCCACACUGGCGAAGCCCGGUGUGGACAAACUACCUCCUUCGUGUGAACUACGACAUGGAUGGAAUCAAGUCUUCCAUGUACAUGGCAUUGCAUCACGACGGCGACGAGGUGUACAUGUCCUUCGGCAUGCUGACUGGCUCCUUCGGUGUGCUUCUCAGGAUGGAGAUUGACUACUCAGGCAAGGUAAGUAUACUAGCCUGGGAGAGCAACAUGUCAGUAUGGAAAGCCCUAUACACAAAGAAUGAAGAACAUGAGUGCAGUAUUUAUGGCUAUUGUGGUCCCUAUGGUUACUGCGACAAUGCAGAAGCAGUCCCAGGUACUUGCAAGUGCCUUGACGGUUUCGAGCCAAGAGAUGAUAAAGGCUGGAUCGCCCUAAGGUUCUCACAGGGAUGCCGCCGGAAGGAGGUGCUAAGGUGUACAACAGAUGGAGAUGGUUUCUUAACCAUUCCGGGCAUGAAGGUCCCUGACAAGUUCAUCCAUGUCCGAAACAGAAGCCUUGACGAGUGCAAGGAGGAAUGCAGGAGCAACUGCUCCUGUGUGGCAUAUGCUUACUCCAGCAUGAGCAACAUGGAUAUUGAUGGAGAUGCCACGAGGUGCCUGGUAUGGAUGGGAGAUUUGAUCGACAUGGAGAAGUUUACCCAAGGAGGGGAGAACCUCUAUGUUAGGGCUAACAGAUUAAGAGGCAAUCAAGGAAGAAAGAAUUUGUGGAGAAGGCCAACUCCUGGAGAUACAAGCCCUUGUAAUGAGCUUGCUGAUAGGAAAACAGAAGUUCCAAUUUUGAGCUUCAUAGAAAUUUCUGCUGCGACGAAUAAUUUCUCUGAAUUCAGCAUUCUAGGCCGAGGAGGGUUUGGCAAUGUUUAUAAGGGAACGUUGGAAGAUGGUUCAGAAAUUGCUGUGAAGAGGCUCUCUGCAGGUUCUGUCCAAGGGGUAGUGGAGUUCAAAAAUGAAGUAGUUCUGAUUGCCAAAUUGCAACACAGAAACUUAGUCAAACUUCAAGGCUUCUGCAUUCAUAAAGAUGAAAAACUUUUGAUUUAUGAAUACCUACCUAACGGAAGUUUGGAUGCCUUCAUAUUCAAUGAUAAACGAAAAUCACUGCUCAACUGGCCCGCAAGAUUUAAAAUAAUCAAAGGUAUUGCCAGAGGCCUACUUUAUCUCCACCAAGAUUCCAGAUUGAUGAUGAUUCAUAGAGAUCUCAAAGCGGGCAACAUACUGUUGGAUGCUCAGAUGAGCCCCAAGAUAUCUGAUUUUGGUACAGCUAGAAUCUUUGGUGUCAUUGAACAUCAAGAAUAUACCGAUCGAGUUGUUGGAACAUUUGGCUACAUGUCACCUGAAUAUGCAAUGAGAGGCAUCGUCUCAGUCAAAUCCGAUGUCUACAGCUUUGGUGUAUUACUUCUGGAGAUUGUGAGUGGCUUGAAGAUUGGCACCACAGGCCUAACCGAACGCUCGCAUAACCUUAUAGAUUAUGCGUGGAGCUUAUGGAAGGAUGGUAACAUGUUGAAUCUAGUCGACUCAUCAAUUGUUGAGGGUUGUUCUCUUGAUGAAGCUCUACGAUGCAUUCAUAUCGGACUCCUGUCGGUGCAGAACAACCCAAACGCUCGCCCACUCAUGUCUUGGGUGGUAUCAAGCCUGGAUAAUGAGGCCAUGGACCUGGAACUGAUGGAGUAUGGGAAAGCCAUGUAA